GUCUGCAGCUGCUCUCGAUAAGCGUCGAACUUCACUUGAAACUUCGAUCCCGAUCCGCUUCCUUUCGGCGCGCCUCUUGUCGUCCUUCUGGAGCGCUAGCCCAAUCCAAAGCGGUCCUCUCGUUGGCGAAAGGAGCGUUCCAGCGGAACACGUUCUCUAAGAGAUUCCGAGUCUCUCUGAAGUUGAGGCUGAUCGAUACCAGCUGCUAUUCUAGACGACAUUGGUUUUCGCGCCAUAAAAGACGUUUGUGAGGGUCUGUUUGGUCUGAUGGUCCUACGAGUCAUCACGCGCUGUCAAGUCUCACGCCGGUGAAAAAUGGGUCUCCUAAGUGACAUUAAGGAGAUUUUCGAAGUCGACUGUCUGUACGAGGUUUUCGAUGUCGAGAAGACCGCCACAACGAAUGACAUUAAGAAGGCGUACCGCAAGAAGAGCCUUAUGUGCCACCCCGAUAAAGCUCCAGCGGAGAAGAAAGAUGAAUUCACGAGGAAGUUUCAAACUCUUUGCAAAACCUAUGACUUGUUGCAGGAUGAAGAGAGACGGAAGGUGUACGACGAGACCGGCGAUGUCGACGACGAGGCAAUUGACUCGAAUCGUAACUGGGACACUUACUGGAGGAAUUUAUUCCCGAAAGUGACUCUGAAGUGCGUCGACGAUUUCCUCAAGAAAUACAUCGGCAGUGAGCUCGAAAGGAAGGAUUUGAAGAAAUACUACGAAAGAUUCAAAGGCGACAUGAAUAAAAUCUCCCAGUGUCACAUUGGUUACUCCCUCGACAAUGAAGACAGGUUGUGCUCAUUGUUGAGGGAGAUGAUAGAGUCAGAGGAGAUCAAAGACUAUCCAGCGUUCUCCAAGGAAACCGCCGCCAGCAAACGCAAGAGGCGGGAAAAUCUCGAGAAGGAGGCCGAGGAAGUAGCCAGUAACAAAGCACGGUCUACCGAACCUGAGAACGAUGAGCUCUCCAUGAUGAUCCUCGGUAACCAGCGGAAGCGAGCUUCGGAUGCGGACAAAUUCAUAGCUGAUCUCGAGGCCAAGUACUCUUCGAAAAAACGUACGAAAUCGAAGAAGUAGUUCCAGUGCGAUGUCGAUUUCGCGGAAUACUCUACCCCGGUCGGAUGACGAGUUACGGUCAAACGUUGAUUUUAUUCAUAAUAACAAAAUCGAUAGUAUUCUAAUGCUCAAGUGAUUUACAGUAAGAUAAGUUCGAGCUGCGGAACUUGCUGGUCAAUAAAAUUGUUAUAUACAAGACUGAGAUAUCCCCCAGUCAAC